GUGCGGAAAGCGUACCGUUCCACUCCGAAAAAGCCAGAAAGGCUCACCUAUUUCUUCCUUAAUCGGUUCUCACCCAAACGCAACCAUAAGGUUCCUACCGCAUCCUCCCCCUUUCCCCUCCUUUCGCUCAAAUAUAUCCCAUUUUUUAAAUUUGGUUUGGUCCCGUAAAUUUUCAAAUAUUUAUUUCCUAUACAUAAAGAGGAAAGGGGGUCCCCCUUUCAUGGAAUGCGGAAACAUGGGUGUGUUUGACCGCGGAGUUCAGAUGUUAUUGACCACGGUGGGCGCGUUCGCCGCCUUCAGUCUCAUGACCAUCGCGGUGGGGACGGACUACUGGCUGUACUCGCGCGGCGUGUGUAAGAUCAAAAGCAACAACGAGAACGAGACCAGCAAGAAGAACGAAGAGGUGAUGACCCAUUCGGGACUGUGGAGGACAUGUUGCUUGGAAGGAAACUUCAAAGGAUUGUGUAAGCAGAUAGAUCACUUUCCAGAAGACACAGAUUAUGAAGCAGAUGCCUCAGAGUACUUCUUACGAGCCGUACGAGCGUCUAGUAUCUUCCCCAUCCUCAGCGUCAUCCUGCUCUUCAUGGGUGGCCUGUGUAUAGCUGCCAGCGAGUUCUACAAGUCUCGUCACAAUAUCAUCCUCAGUGCAGGAAUCCUCUUUGUGUCUGCAGGCCUCAGUAACAUCAUUGGCAUGAUCGUGUACAUAUCAGCCAAUGCGGGGGAUCCUUCAAAGAGCGACUCCAAGAAGAACAGCUACUCGUAUGGCUGGAGUUUCUACUUUGGUGCUUUGUCCUUUAUCAUGGCUGAAAUGGUGGGUGUGCUGGCCGUGCACAUGUUCAUCGACCGGCACAGGGAGCUGCGGGCAGGCACGCGGGCCGCAGAUUACCUGCAGGGCUCGGCUAUCACGCGCAUCCCCAGCUACCGGUACCGCUACCGGCGCCGCUCCUGCUCCUCAUCCCGCUCCACAGACCCCUCGCACUCACGCGAUGCCUCACCAGUGGGCUUGAAGGGUUUCGGGGCUCUGCCCUCCACCGAGAUCUCCAUGUACACACUCACCCGUGGGGGCGACACCUUAAAGGGUGGUCAUGGCACCCCCACCGCCACCUACAAUUCGGAGAGGGACCACAACUUCCUGCAGGUCCACAACUGCAUCCAGAAGGACCUGAAAGACUCAUCCCACACUAACACAGCCAACCGACGCACCACCCCCGUAUGAGGCACAACCUCGCCCUAUACAGAUAGCAGUGCGAGGGAGACAGGAGCAGAGCAGAUUGGGGUGGAGGCCCGAAAUAUUACAGAUCAAACUUCAUGUACCAUGCGUUUUCACGAUUUGGAGGAACCGAGAGGAUUUUUUACAUUUCGAUCAAAGACUACACAUGUAUGCAUGAUUUUGCCAUUGACAAAAUGAGGCUGGUUUGAAAUGGAGAGAGGCUAUAAAAGAUAUGCAGAAGGGUUCUUUCGGCCCGUGACAUGGGAGCUGUAGCUUGUGGCAUUGAUUUGACAUGUUUUUGUUAAGGAAGCAUUUCACCACCCUUCGGUCUACAUGGAUCAGCAAGCUACUGCUCCCUCAUAAGUCUUCUUCCUCUCUCCACUAUAUUCAUCAUAUUUAUUUAUUUGUUCAUUUGUUAUUUGCAUUUAAAAAAAAGAAACUGUGAACAACUGCAGUAAGGUAUUCAGUAAGAAAUAGCCCGGUCUGCAAUCUCUUACAAAAGGUAC